GAAUGGGCGAAGUUCGGUGUGACAGCACGCGCGUACGCACUCGUUCCCACACCCGUCGAACUAAAAUACGCGGACGUGUGUUUUAAAAAUCGAACGUGAAUAAUUCAAAAAUAUCGAGUUUAUUUGACAGUUUUAUUUUUAAUAAUUCGUUUCGAUUUGCGUUACAAACUUUUUUAAGGUUUAGGAAGUGGAUUUUUUUUUUAUUUCUUUAUAAAAAAAACUUCUAAGGUACAAUUUAUUGCACAAGUGAAAGCUCUAACUGUGUGUGAAUGUGUGUGUUUCGAUAGUAUUUUAUUGCGUGAACAUUCAUUGACAGCGUAUGUAAAUAAAAGGUCGGGAGUGGCCCGAAACAUGACAGCGUAGUUACAAGGCGGCAGCGCAAUGCUCGUGCCAGCAGCAAAAUGGGUGGCAACCAUCAACGAGGGCGGUAUCGCCAAUCAAUUCUUCAUGGCGCUCAUGGUUACCAUACCAGUGCUAAACUUCGGGAUGCUGCUCGGCUGGCAGUCCCCCAUGACACCUGUCCUGCAGGACCCAAACGGCCCAGCGCCCGAGCCGAUCUCCGACGAAACUCUGUCAUGGAUGGCAGCGUUGACAUUUCUGCCACCGAUCUUCUGUGGCUUCCACAUGGGCGGCAUGAUAGACAAGUGGGGCAGAAAGGCCUUCACGAUGCUGACGUCGCUGUUCCUUACGAUAAGUUGGUCUAUAAUGCUACUAACACUGAGGCCGUGGGCGCUGAUAGCCUCCCGUGUGGUCGCCGGGUUCGCAUGCGCUACCUGCUAUGUCGUCACACCACUAUACUUAAAAGAGAUUGCGUCAGAUAAAGUCCGCGGGGCGCUCGGCUCCCUGUUCAUCCUAGCCCAGAACCUGGGCUACCUGCUCAUCUACCUCAGCGGAGACCUGCUGCCUUUUGCAGCAGUCAUGUGGAUGUGCACAGCUGUGCCGGUACUGCAUCUACUCGCAUUCCUUCUGAUGCCUGAGACGCCAGUGUUCUUGAUCAAACAGGGCAAACUUAAGGAAGCCCGCGAAGCAUUGGCUUGGCUGAGGAACACCACAAUUGACGACAAGAACUUGGAAGAAGCGAUCAAAGAACUGGAAAGGGAGGAAGAAUACACCAAAUCUAUGAAGCAAGCCAACUUCAAAAGCUUAGUGCAAGACAAGACGAGGUUCAAAGCGUUCCGAAUUGCGGUAAACGUGAUGCUCUCCCAAGAGACGUGCGGGUACCUGGUGGUGUUGACUUAUGCUGGCUCCAUCUUCGAGAAGGCAUCGGACUCCAUCAACCUGAAAUUGAGUCCGAACAAGCAGACCAUAGUAGUGGGAACUCUGCAACUGCUAGGGUCCAUCGUAGCUAGUUGCAUCGUGGAGAAGACGGGACGGAAGUGGUUGCUGGCGGUCACGUCGCUGGUGACUGGUCUUUCGAUGUUGACACUGGGCGGGUGGUUCCUGGUGACGGGCGCGGGCGCGUGGAUGCCGGGCUGGCUGCCGGUGCUGGCGAUGUGCACCUGUAUCUUCGCAGACGCUGCUGGGUACCAGCCAGUGCCUUACGUCAUCAUGUCCGAGCUGUUCUCAUUUCAAUAUCGUGGAGUCGCAACCUCGCUCAUCAUAUCAGGGACAGCGCUUAGCGAUUUCGCACAAACAAAGGCUUACGAUCCUCUCUUGAAACUACUGGGAAUUCAUUGGGUCUUCAUCAUAUUCUCCAUCAUUUGCUUCCUGGGGACCUUUUACACCAUCAUGUGGGUCCCAGAGACAAAGGGGAGGACGGUCGAGGAGAUCUACGCCAUUUUGGAAGGAAAGAAAGAGAUAGAAGACGAGGAGGCUGGAAAGGAAGUCAGUAGAUUAUGAGGCUUAAUGGUGAAUAUCAUCUUAUGUUAAGUUAAGAACUUUAGACAAUGUCGCGGAAGUGAUGUAUAAUAGUAUGACCUAACUUAAAUACUAAAGUAAUUUGACCUUUUGUGUGGUCUGGAGGACGUAUAAGGAAAAAUAUUGGAACCAAUGUUAUGGACACGAUGACGAAAAUUGUAACAUGAAAUAUAUGGUUGUUCGUGCGCGUGUGCGUUCAAAACCUUCUGAAAACUAUUGAAAAAUGUUGUCUGUAUUAACUGGAGAUCAAUCGAUUAAGAUCAUUGAUUUAGUUCAGAAAUUCAUUUACGUUUUAUAUCGCUUAGAAAAUCCAUUCUGUUUUGGAUAACAUUCUAUGGAUCAAAUCUUGGAUCCUAGAUUAAGUACUUAUAAAUACAUUCCAAAGCAGUACCAUAUAGUUUUUCGAAGCAGUACAAAAUACCUAAUGUGGUGAAGUCAUUAAAUGGGGUAAUAGCAUUUUAAAAUGCAACUGCAAAUAAAAUGAUCGUGUAAAAGAACAUUGAAAGUUAUACGUAUUUAGCUGAUAAAUACAUAAUGUUCUGUCCUACGGUAGUGGCAUCGAUUUCCAUCAAGAACCAAUUAUCGACAUUUUCUCCGUGAUCAAUGAAAAUAGGAGUAGAAAACCGAUCUUUAAAUAUGACGACCUCCGAGUUCGAAUCCCGAUGAGGGCAGAUGUUUGUGUGAUGAAUACGAGCAUUUGUACCCCUAUCAUUGUGUUUAAUGUGUCUUUCUUUAAAAAUAUACUUAUAUAUAUAUAUCAGUAUAUGCAUUCUAUCCGUUACCCUAGUAUCCCAUAACACAAGCCUACAGUGCUUACUUUAGAGCUAGGCUAAUUGGUGUGAGAAAUAUAAAAAAAAUAUGAUAACAUCACUGAAAAAAAUGUCGAUCAUGGGUUCUUGUCGGUUCUU